CAUCGUACUUCCUGGACUUCCACCACUGGUGUUCGGCCAUGGGGUUGCUCUGAAGGUCUUCUGAUGCCAAGUUACCUCCAUCAGUAAUCUCAAGCAGCAAAUGUCACUUACAGCAGAUGCGGUCCGUUUCUACUUGCCCUGGCAUCGAGCGCAUUCUCAUUCGUGUAGAAUUGUUUGGCACCAUCCUCGACACGGACCGCCGAGCCCUUGGGCAAGGGGCAUGAGCCUUUGGCGGAAGAGAUCGACGCCAUCGCGUUACUAACCGCAUCAAGGCGAUGAGGCGAGGCCUCGAGAGUACGUCCAACAGGUGAGGAAGUGUAAAUGGUAUCCGCAAGACAGUGUAUAAGAAGGAUGAGAUUAGCCUUCCCAAGAUCAUGCUGGACUUCGCAUCACCAUCAGACUCGAUCCUCUUUCAGAGCCUUCUGAGAACCACCAAGAAUCGCCCAUCAUGAAGUUCCUCUUCGCCGCCACCAUCGCCACGUUGGCGAGUCUUGUUACCGCCACGCCCACGCCGACGGUCGAGAAGCGUGCCAGCCCUAGCGACGCCUGCACUAUUGGCUAUGCCUCGACCAACGGCGGCACGACGGGCGGCGCCGGUGGAACAACUACGACCGUCUCCAGCCUCCCGGCUUUCAGCUCCGCUGUCAAGGGUGACGCCAAAAAGAUUGUCUACGUUCAGGGCAACAUCAGCGGCACUGGAUCCAUCAGGGUCGGUGCCAACACGAGCAUUCUCGGCAAGAAUGGCGCCUCCAUCACCGGCGUCAACCUUCACAUCCGCCAGGUCAAGAACGUCAUCGUUCGCAACCUGAAGCUAAGCAAGGUCAAGGGCAAUGAUUGCAUCACCGUCAACGAGGCCACCAACGUCUGGCUCGACCACCUCGAUCUCAGCGGCGACCUCAACGUGGACAAGGACUACUAUGACGGCCUGAUCGACAUCACCCACGGCGCCGACUGGGUCACCGUCUCGAACACCUACUUUCAUGACCACUGGAAGGCUUCUCUCGUCGGCCACUCCGACAGCAACGAAGAUGAAGACUCGGGCAAGCUCCAUGUGACGUAUGCCAACUGCAAGUAUGUCAACAUCAACAGCCGCACCCCGUCGCUCCGGUUCGGCACAGGCCACAUCUACAACAACUACUUCGAGAACAUCGCCACGUCGGGCGUCAACACCCGCAUGGGCGCCAAGGUCCUCGUCGAGUCCAGCACCUUUGUGAACGCCAAGCGCGCAAUCACCUCAAUCGACUCCGACAUCGACGGCUCGGCCGCCGUCAGGGAUGUCAACCUCGGCGGCUCUACCAACGACGCCCCGUCCACCUCGGCCUUCUCGGUCCCGUACGCCUACAGCGUCGUCGGGUCGGCCAACGCCAAAAGCGCCACCUCUUCCGCCGGUGCGACCCUUUCGUUCUAAGAGUGUCGGUCAAAUCACGGCUCGCUAUCGAUUUCGUGAAAGAGUCCGUUCUUGGGGAGGUUCCCGGCUUGUCGACCUGGGACUGGAGGAGUGGUUGAUGAAAACUCGGUUGGAGAUGUCAGCUUCAUGCGAGGCAGCAAAUAGGGAAGGGGUGUGCAGGGUUCCUAUAUGCACCACCUCUCCCGUAGAUAGCAUGCAUGCGUCUUCAUGUCCAUAGUUAGAAGGCAAUUUGCCUUGAAAUUUUGUCUUUAGCAACUCCUGUUGCUCCACAUCACCUGUGCACUCUGUUCGUCCGAAAGCUACGGUGAUCUGAAGUCAA